AUGGUUUUAUUUCUCUGCUUUCUCUUGCUAAAUAUAUUUUCAACGCUUGGGAAUGCAGAUAUAAACACAUCCAGUCCUUUAUCAAUAGGACAAACUCUGAGCUCCCCUAAUGGAGUUUAUGAGUUAGGCUUCUUCAGUCCUAACAAUACGCUGAAUCAGUAUGUUGGGAUAAGGUUCAAGAACAUCACUCCCCAGGUUGUUGUGUGGGUGGCUAACAGAGACAAGCCCAUCACAAAAACCGCAGGGAAUCUCACCAUCAGCAGCAACGGGAGCCUGAUCUUGCUUGAUGGAAAGCAAGAUGUUAUAUGGUCAACAGGAGAAGCUUUCACAUCCAACAAGUGCCAUGCAGAGCUUCUAGACACCGGAAACCUUGUUGUCAUUGAUGAUGUUUCAGGAAAAACAUUAUGGCAAAGCUUUGAGAAUCUUGGUAAUACUAUGCUGCCUCAGUCUUCGGUGUCUUAUGACAUUCCCCAAGGCAAGAACCGUGUGUUGACUUCUUGGAAAAGCAACAACGAUCCAUCCCCUGGGGACUUCUCACUGGAAUUUACACCACAAGUUCCCCCACAAGGCCUUAUAAGGAGAGGCUCAGAGCCUUACUGGAGAAGUGGUCCAUGGGCAAAAACAAAGUUCUCUGGGAUACCUGGAAUCGAUGCAUCAUAUGUAAGUCCAUUCACUGUUGUCCAAGAUGUAGAGAAAGGCACAGCAUCUUUCUCUUAUUCCCAGUUGAGAAACUAUAAACUAUCAUAUGUCACAUUAACAUCAGAAGGGAAAAUGAAGAUCCUAUGGAGUGAUGGGAAAAACUGGACGCUUCACUUUGCGGCUCCAGUAAGUUCAUGUGAUCUAUAUGGUGCUUGUGGGCCUUUUGGUUUGUGUUUGAGAACCAGUACCCCAAAGUGUAUAUGCAUGAAAGGGUUUGUACCAAAGUCAGAUGAGGAGUGGAGGAAAGGGAACUGGACAAGUGGGUGUGUGAGACAUACACAAUUAUCUUGCCAGGUGAGUUCUUCUACAAAGACACAAGACAAAGAUGAAGACGUCUUCUAUCAUAUGAACCAUGUAAAGACUCCGGAUAUGUACGAAUUUGCAAGCUUUCUCGAUGCGGAACAGUGUCACCAGGGUUGUCUAGGCAACUGUUCUUGCACAGCUUUUGCCUAUAUAAGUGGAAUUGGAUGCUUGGUAUGGAACCGGGAGCUUGUAGACACGGUACAGUUUUCGUCUGAUGGAGAGUCUCUUUCCCUUCGUCUUGCAAGUUCAGAAUUGGUUGGAAGCAGCCGAUCAACGAUUAUUGCUGGUGCUACUGCCAGCCUUUCCAUAUUCGUGAUCUUGGUCUUUUCCGCAUAUAUGUUCUGGAGAUACAGAGCCAAAAAAAAUGUACCAAAUUUUAUGUUCAUCAACACUUCACAAGAUGCACGGAAGAAUGAUUUGGAACCACAAGAUGUAUCCGGCAUAAAUUUCUUUGAGAUGCAUACAAUACGAACUGCUACCAAUAACUUCAGUUCCUCAAAUAAACUUGGACAAGGUGGAUUUGGUCCAGUUUAUAAGGGAAAGCUGGUAGAUGGAAAGGAAAUAGCUGUUAAACGCCUCUCUAGCAGCUCUGGACAGGGAACAGAGGAGUUCAUGAAUGAGAUAACACUAAUCUCGAAACUACAACAUAGAAACUUGGUCAGGCUUUUGGGAUGCUGCAUCAAAGGAGAAGAGAAGCUAUUGAUUUAUGAGUUUUUGGAGAACAAAAGCCUUGACGUCUUUCUCUUUGAUUCAACUCUAAAGUUUGAGAUUGAUUGGGCAAAGAGAUUUGAUAUCAUUCAAGGUAUUGCGCGUGGACUUCUCUAUCUCCACCGUGACUCACGCCUUAGGGUCAUUCACCGAGACCUGAAGGUCAGCAAUAUUCUCCUGGAUGAGAGAAUGAUCCCAAAAAUAUCAGAUUUUGGACUGGCUCGCAUGUUUCAAGGAACUCAUUUCCAGGACAACACUCGCAGGGUUGUAGGAACUCUAGGAUAUAUGUCUCCUGAGUAUGCAUGGACAGGGGUGUUCUCUGAGAAAUCAGACAUCUAUGCAUUUGGAGUUAUCUUAUUAGAGAUAAUCAGUGGAGAAAAGAUCUCAAGGUUCAACAAUGGAGAAGAAGGAAAUAACCUCAUUUUAUAUGCAUGGGAAUGUUGGUGUGAAACCAAAGGAGUUGAUUUUCUAGACCAAGAUCUUGCUGAUUCUUGUGUCUUAAUACAAGUUUCGAGAUGUGUUCAGAUUGGUCUGAUUUGUGUUCAACACCAACCUGUGGAGAGACCCAACACAGUUGAGCUACUGUCUAUGCUCACUACAAAAUCAGAUCUUCCAUCACCAAAACAACCAAUAUUUGCACUGCAUAGCAGAGAUGAAGAGUCCACGUCUAACGAUGUGAUCACCAGAAAGAUGGGUAUGGUUUUAUUUGUUUCUUCUUUCUUACUAACCAUAUACACAACUUGUGUUUAUGCAACUAUAAACUCAUCAAGCCCUUUGUCAAUAGGACAGACUCUGAGCUCCCCUGGUGGAUUCUAUGAGUUAGGCUUCUUCAGUCCUAACAAUACUGGGAACCAGUAUGUUGGGAUCUGGUUCAAGAAAAUCGUUCCCCGGGUAGUUGUGUGGGUGGCUAACAGAGAUUCACCAGUUACAAACUCUGCAGCAAAUCUCACCAUCAGCAGCAAGGGGAGCCUGAUCUUACUUGAUGAGAACCAACAAGUGAUUUGGUCAACAGGAGAUGCUUCUUCCACAUCCAACAGAUCUCACGCGGAGCUUUUAGACAACGGAAAUCUUGUAGUGAUUGAUGAUGUCUCAAGAAAAACUAUAUGGGAAAGUUUCGAGAAUCUUGGUAACACUAUGCUUCCUCAGUCAACGUUGAUGUAUGAUCUUUCUCAUGGCAAGAAGAGGGCAUUGACUUCAUGGAAAAGUUACAGCGAUCCUUCACUUGGAAACUUCUCUCUGGAGAUUACAUCACAAGUCCCUUUACAAGGCCUUAUCAAAAGAGGCUCAGUGCGUUACUGGAGAACUGGUCCAUGGGCAAAGACAAGAUUCACUGAACACUCUUGUGAUAUAUACGGUACUUGUGGUCCUUUUGGUUUGUGUGUGAGAUCCAGUAACCCUAAAUGCAUAUGCGUGAAAGGGUUUGUUCCAAAGUCAGUUGAGGAGUGGAAGAAAGGGAACUGGACAAGUGGGUGUGUGAGACGUACAAAGCUGUCUUGUCAGAUGAAAUCUUCUAAUUCACAAGGCAAAGACACAGACAUCUUCUUUCGGAUGACCAAUGUAAAGACUCCAGAUCUGCACCAGUUUGCAAGCUUUCUUGAUGCAGAUAUGUGUUACCAGGGUUGUCUAGGAAACUGUUCUUGCACAGCCUUUGCUUAUAUAAGUGGGAUUGGAUGCUUAGUAUGGAAUGGGAAGCUAAUAGACACAGUUCAGUUUAUGUCCAAUGGAGAAACUCUCUCUAUUCGUCUUGCAAGUUCUGAAAUGGCUGGAAGAAAGAGAACAAAGAUUAUAGUAGCCACUACUGCUUGCCUUUCCAUGUUCGCUGUCUUGGUCUUUACUGCAUUUAUGUUCUUGAAAUACAGAGCCAAACGAAAAGAACCAACUCCUGUUGUCAUCAACACUUUACAAGAUGUAUGGAAGAAUGAUUUCGAACCACAAGAUAUCUCAGGUGUAAAUUUCUUUGAGAUGCAUACCAUAAGAACUGCCACUGAUAAUUUCAGUUCCUCAAAUAAACUUGGUCAAGGUGGAUUUGGUCCAGUGUACAAAGGAAAGCUACUAGAUGGGAAGGAAAUAGCGGCUAAACGCCUUGCAAGUAGCUCUGAUCAGGGCACAGGAGAGUUCUUAAAUGAAAUAAGACUAAUCUCAAAACUACAACAUAGGAACUUGGUUCGGUUAUUGGGGUACUGUAUAGAAGGAGAAGAGAAGCUAUUGAUUUAUGAGUUUAUGGUGAAUAAAAGCCUUGAUAUAUUCCUAUUUGAUUCAACUCUAAAGCUGGAGAUUGAUUGGCAGAAGAGAUUUGAGAUCAUUCAAGGUAUUGCACGUGGACUUCUCUAUCUCCACCGUGACUCUCGCCUUAGAGUCAUUCACCGAGAUCUCAAGGCGAGCAAUAUUCUUCUGGAUGAGAAGAUGAACCCAAAAAUAUCGGAUUUUGGAUUGGCUAGGAUGUUUCAAGGAACACAAUAUCAGGACAACACUAGAAGGGUUGUUGGAACUCUAGGAUAUAUGUCUCCUGAGUAUGCAUGGGCAGGGCUAUUCUCAGAGAAGUCAGACAUCUAUAGCCUUGGAGUUCUCAUGUUAGAAAUCAUAAGUGGCAAGAAGAUUUCAAGGUUCAGUUUUGGAGAUGGGAGCAAAGGCCUUCUUGCAUAUGCAUGGGAAUCUUGGUGUGAGACUGGAGGAGCGGAUCUUCUGGAUCCAGAUCUUACUGAUUCAUGCAACAUAUACGAAGUUGCGAGAUGUGUUCAGAUUGGUCUUCUAUGUGUUCAACAUGAAGCCUCGGACAGACCAAACACUCUUCAAGUACUGUCCAUGAUUACUUCAACAACAGAACUUCCAAUACCAAAGCAGCCUAUAUUUGCGGCGCAAACUCUAAACGAUGUGUUCAUGUCAGAGUCUGAGUCUAAACAUCUUUUCUCUGUCAAUCAGUUAACACAAUCUGUGAUCCAAGGAAGAUAA